AUGUCUCGCAGACGAACAUCGUCCGUCUCCGCAUUUUUCCACUCCCUUGUGCUCGAUACCAAAGUUUCAUCAACAUCACCUGGCAUUUUCUAUAUUCAGUGUGAUACACCUCUUCACUUUACACUAUCAUCGGCGUUAAUUCCAUACGAUGUACAACUUUUCUGUGAUUACCAUUCAACGAAUUAUCAACGCGGUGUCUAUCACCAAUUAAAAUGGUCGUCGAAGGAUGACGAUCGAUUCGCUCAACUAUUUUGUACACGUUCUGGUCCAAUCCAUUAUUAUUUUACAGCCAAAGAUAAAAAAGGCGAAGGUUAUAUCAUCGUCGAACCACGUCUUUCGAAUUUAACAAGCGGAGACGUCGAAGAAAUCACUUGUUUAACCGUUUUAUCGAAAUCUUUAGGCAAAAUGGAAAGUUGGGAAUCGCGUUUAGCAAUCGCUCAUCAUAGUAAUUAUAACAUGAUACAUUUCACGCCAAUUCAACAAUUGUAUAAAGUUUCGAAUUCGUCCUAUUCGAUAACACAUCAUCAUCAACUGAACCCAGUGUUUGGCAAAGAUAAAACGCAUGAUGAUUUAAAGAAAAUCAUCGAUCGAAUGGCAAAUGAAUGGAAUAUUUUAUCGAUUACUGAUCUGGUUUAUAACCACGCCGCAAACGAUUGUGCCAUUUUGGAAAAUCAUCCCGAAGCUUCGUAUAAUUUAAUCAAUUCUCCUCAUUUAAAACCCGCAUUUUUACUUGACGCCAUUCUAAUGCAAUUUACGUGUGAUGUCGACGCCGGAAAAAUCGAAGGAAUUCCUGCAACGAUUUCCAAAGAACAUUUACCAAUAAUCCAAGAUUAUCUUCUGAAUAAAGUCUUCCCGGGUUAUGCAUUUCACGAAUUUUAUAUGAUUGACGUUAGAAAAACGAUUGAAGAAUUCAGUCGGUUCAUUGAAAAUACAUCGCCAAGCAACUCUUCGCACAUUUAUGAAGAUGAAUACGCAUUCCGAAUUGAUUACGGUUCUUACUCGCGUAACGCCGCUCGAAUUAACUAUGAGAAAGCUCGAGAGAUCUUCUAUUGUGCUAAUAGGACAGCAAGUCAAGCUUGUCAACUAUUAGCAGAUCGUCUAAAGUAUUUAAAUCAUUCGAAAUAUUCGCAAGUUCAGUCGGAUCUUCGUGAUGCGAUAACUAAUUGUAUCAAAGGAUGCGAAUAUCACUUUUUCGAUCAGUACGGUCCGAAUUUUAAAUCGAUUUCGCUGAGAACACCCUUCGCUGGAAAUUAUUUCGCGUAUCCGAAAGAGAAAAUCUUUCAAACGACUCCUGAAGAAGUCGAACAAGCUUAUCGAGAGAAUAACAAAGCAUUUCUCGAACGUGUUAUGGCACAUAACGGUUGGGUAUGGAAUGAUAAUCCAUUGAGAAAUUUUGCAGAAGAUACACAAGGACCAAAUGUUUAUUUUCGACGAGAAUUGAAUCAAUGGUCUGAUAUUGUUAAGUUAAACUUCGGAAGUUGUGAAGAAGAUUCACCGCAUCUUUGGGCGUAUAUGAAAGAAUACACAAGAUUAGUAGCAACGACAUUCCAUGGCGCUAGGUUAGAUAAUUGUCAUUCAACACCAUUACAUGUUGCUCAAUAUUUAAUGGAUUAUGCACGAGAAUUAAACCCGAAAUUUUAUAUUUUGGGAGAAUUAUUUACAAGCAGCGAGACAUUGGACAACCUUUUUAUCAAUAAACUCGGUAUCAAUGCGCUCGUGCGUGAAUCGUUAAAUGCUCGACUACCCUGUGAUUUGGGUCAUAUGAUAUGCGGACAUGGUCGAUUAUCAAUCGGAUCCUUAUUCCGUUUGCAGACAGUACUGAAACCACGUCGAGCACAAGCAUUUUUCUAUGAUCAAACUCAUGACAAUCCUUGUCCGAUCGAACGGCGUUCAUUAGCAGAUGUCCUACCUCGUUCAGCUUAUGUUGCAAUGUCUUGUACACCAACUGGGUCCAAUCGUGGUUAUGACGAGCUCGUUCCACAUCAUAUCGAUGUUGUUCACGAGCGCCGAACUUAUGAAAAAUGGACCAAUGACAAAGACAAAAGUCUUGUUCAUGCAAAAUCGAUUUUCAAUCAUCUUCACGUUCGCCUAGUAACGGAAGGUUAUACAAGAAUGAUUGCCGAUCAGUUAUCUCCGAACACUUUGAUGAUUACACGACAGCAUCCGAUAACGAAUUCCACAAUCAUUUUGAUUGGUUAUACCGAUACGAUAAAAUCUGAUGAAGAAGAAAAGAUCGAACCACUGAUGAUUCAAGGCACAAUCGAAGAGAUUCUAUUCGAAAUGAAUUUAUCCUGGUUGAAUAAUGAGAACAAAUUGGAUUCGUUCCAACGCGAUAUUGAUCACAUCAAUGGUUUACGUGAAAAAGAUUUGAAUGUUUAUAUAAACGAACAUCUCGAGAAAGAUCAAUCAAAUUUUGUGAAUAUCAGUCAAGAAAAUGAGGCAAAGAUGACAAAAGUGAUAUUUAAUAAAGAAAAGUUCAUUCCCGGAUCGGUGAUUGCUUUUCAAAUCAAUCUUUUGUCACAUGCGAAACAAGCAUCGAAUGAAUUACGAAAAGAAAUCUUCGAGAACGAUUUAGCAACGUUUCGUUCACUGAUUUCCAGAUUUUCGCUUGUCGAUUUAAAUUUUCUUCUCUAUCGUUGCAAAAACGAAGAGAACAACGAACUGUAUCUGAUACCAGACUACGGUUCACCUGUUUACGCUGGUUUACAAGGCAUCGAAUCGUUAUUAAUUCAAAUGCGAGCAUUAUCAACUGAACAAAUGCUCAAACAUCCGUUAUGUCUUCAUUUGAAAAAAGGAAACUGGUUAAUGUUGUACAUAAGUCAACGCUUAAUUGCAAAUCAACGAACAUUAUUUCUCGGUCAAUGGUACGAAAAACAUUUUCAAUAUAUUGAUCAACUGCCUAGAUAUUUAAUUCCUGUUUAUUUCGAUCUAUUAAUCCAUCGAACGUAUAAUAUUUGUAUUGAUCGAGCAAUAGAUUUGAUGUCGACGUCAUUUGUUCAACAAGGUUCGUCGUUUGUGAAAAAUUUAGCCAUGACAAGUGUACAAAUGAUGGGAAUCGUUCCCAAUGCACGUUUACCGAACUAUGAAGACAAUCAAAAAGAUAAUCAAUAUCCAUCCUUGGCAGCUGGUUUACCUAAUUUUUCCGAAGGUAUUUGGCGUAACUGGGGUCGAGACACAUUCAUCGCCCUCCGUGGUCUUCUUCUUCUAACGGGUCGAUUUGAUGAAGCUCGUUACUUGUUACUCACGUAUGGUUCGUGUCUCCGCCAUGGUCUUAUACCGAAUCUUCUUGCCGGCCCGCGUUACAAUGCUCGAGAUGCUGUUUGGUUUUGGUUAUAUUCUUUGUCGGAAUAUACAAAAUUAGCGCCGAAUGGUUGUGAGAUUUUAGCGGAAAAUAUCCAGGGCAAAGCGUUACAUUCAAUAGUCAAAACGGCAAUCAAUACUCAUUUGAAUGGAUUGAGCUUUCGAGAAUAUAAUGCAGGAUAUCAAUUAGAUCGCGUCAUGUCAGAUGAAGGUUUUAACAAUAGGAUUGGUAUUGAUAGCAGAACAGGAUUUGUUUAUGGUGGAAAUCGUUGGAAUUGUGGAACUUGGAUGGAUAAAAUGGGUUCAUCUGAACUAGCGGGAAAUAAAGGUCAUCCAGGAUCACCGAGAGAUGGAAGUGCGAUUGAAUUAGUUGGAUUGUCGCGUGCUACCAUUCAAUGGUUAAUUGAAAUGAUUGAUCAAAACGCUUAUCCAUACAAAGAUCAACGAGCGAAUCUGGAAGAUUGGUUGAGAAAAAUCGAUGGAAAUUUUGAAAAAGAAUUUUGGAUUGAUCAAACCGAUCAUUCAAACAAUUUUAUCAAUCGACGGAAUAUUUACAAAGACACAAUUAAUUCGUCACUUCAAUACACCGAUUUUCAAUUCCGACCAAAUUUUCUCAUUGCCGCUGUUGUUGCACCUGAAAUGUUCAACAAAGAUCACAUUUGGUUGGCUUUAUCUCAAGUGGAAUCCUUGUUACUCGGUCCAUUAGGCAUCAAAACUCUCGAUCCAUCUGAUGAACAAUAUGUUGGUGAUUAUGACAACAAGGAUGAAUCUACAGACUUUAAACGUGCUCACGGCUAUAACUACCAUAAUGGUCCGGAAUGGGUUUGGCUAACCGGUUAUUAUUUACGAGCGAAAUUGCUUUGGUCGCCGAAGGAGAAACGUGCGAAGACGCUUGAACAUGUUCGAGAAGUUCUUGGAAGACAUCGUGAAGCAUUGUUUACGAGUGAUUGGAAGUCUUUACCCGAGUUAACAUCAGCGAAUGGACGAUUUUGUCGAGAUUCAUGUCCAGCACAAGCCUGGUCAUGUGCAACAAUUUUAGAGGCUAUUUAUGAUGUGCAACAAUAUAAUUUAGAUUAG